AUGGCUCUGAGCUCUCGGGCGAAUGCCUUCUCGGUGGAAGCCUUGGUGGGGAGACCCAGCAAAAGAAAACUGCAAGACCCAAGAGAGGAGGCACAGCUUGAGCUGCUGGAUAAAGAGGGCAGUGAGGAGAAGGAGAGAAGCAGCGGUGCUGAAGGGAAGAAAAGUGAGCAGCCGGCAGAAAAGCGACCCAAGACAGAGCCCUCAGCAACUGCUUUCUCAGGCUGUGGCGGCGGCGGCGGCGGCGGCGGCGGCGGCGAUCGCAACAGCGGCGAAAGUCUGGAAGAGAAAGAUGCUAUCCAAGUGGAGCUUCAAGGAUCCGACCUGUGGAAGAGAUUCCAUGACAUUGGGACUGAGAUGAUCAUUACCAAGGCCGGCAGGCGGAUGUUCCCCUCUGUUAGGGUCAAGGUGAAAGGACUGGAUCCAGGGAAGCAGUACUUAGUGGCCGUCGAUGUGGUGCCAGUGGAUUCCAAACGUUAUAGGUACGUGUACCACAGCUCACAGUGGAUGGUAGCCGGGAAUACGGACCAUUCGUGCAUCACUCCCAGGUUCUAUAUUCAUCCGGACUCGCCCUGCUCGGGAGAGACUUGGAUGCGGCAGAUCAUCAGCUUUGAUCGAGUGAAACUCACCAACAACGAGAUGGACGACAAAGGCCACAUCAUUCUGCAGUCCAUGCACAAGUACAAGCCCCGUGUGCACGUGAUGGAACAGGACAGCAGGGUUGACCUGUCCCGGAUUCAGUCCCUGCCCGCUGAAGGUGUUAAAACAUUCUCUUUUAAAGAAACUGAGUUCACCACGGUUACAGCUUACCAAAACCAGCAGAUUACCAAACUGAAAAUAGACAGGAAUCCUUUUGCCAAAGGAUUUAGAGAUCCUGGAAGAAACAGGGGUGUAUUGGAUGGGCUUUUAGAGACCUACCCAUGGAGGACUUCUCUCACUCUGGAUUUUAAAACUUUUGGUGCAGACAGACAAAGUGGAAGCAGUGGCUCAUCUCCAGUGACCUCUAGUGGAGGGGCUCCUUCUCCUUUGAAUUCCUUGCUUUCUCCACCUUGCUCCCCGCCUACAUUUCACUUACCUAUAAGCUCCCUUGGAAUGCCCUGUCCGGAGGUGUACCUGCACGAUGUCAACCUGCCCCUUUGCUACAAGAUUUCCCCAACUAAUUUUUGGCGACAGCAGCCUCUUGUCUUGCCUGCUGCUGAAAGGCUAGCAAGCAGCAACAGUUCUCAGUGUUUAGCCCCAUUCGUGAUGGAAGUUCCCAUGUUAUCUUCCCUGGGGGUCACCAAUUCAAAAAAUGAUUCUUCUGAAGGCUUCAGUGGGCAGUGUCUACAAGCACCUAAUUCAGCCAAUCAAAUGUUGUAUGGAUUACAGGCACCUGGAAAUAUUUUAUCACCAAAUCCCAUUGCCCAGGAAGCAAUUGGUUGUUCUUUACAGCCUUCCUAUGGCUUUUAUAGGUACAACUUAUCCUUGCCAUCUAGACUGGUAAAUGCUGCCAACCAUCUCAAAGUGAAUGACAACAGUCAAGUUUCUUUUAAAGAAGGCAAAUGCAAUCAUUCUCAUUGGUAUCCAACAAUUAAUCAUUGCCUUUAA